AUGCCACAGCGGAGAGAAUCACAUGAUCCUAUACAACAGUUAACGGAAGUGCUUCAACAAGUUGUAGGGAGUAAUCGGGCUGAAAGAAUCUCACCUUUUAAGCAUUUCAAGGACACGCAACCACCAGAAUUUCGCGGUACAACGGAUCCAGCAGAGGCACAAGGGUGGAUUAAAGAAAUUGAAAAAUCUUUUAGAGUUGCACAAACACCAGAUAACUUGAAAACAAAUUUCGCAGCUUAUAUGCUAAAGGGAGAGGCGAACUUUUGGUGGGAAUCAGUUGAACAAAGAGAAGAUGCAGUGGUUAUACAGUGGUCCAGAUUUAAGGAAUUGUUUCUUGAAAAAUAUUUUCCAAAAUGCUUGGAAAAUAAAAUGGAAAUUAAAUUUCUUGAACUCAAGCAAGGUGACAUGAGCGUAACGGAAUAUGAAGCAAAAUUUACAGAGUUGUCGAGGUAUGCUCUUCACCAUGUUCAGGAUGAGAAAAGAAAGGCGCGAAGAUUUGAGCAAGGUCUUAAACCAUGGAUUUAUCAAAAAGUUGCUGUUUUUGAGCUCGAAAAUUAUGCAGCAGUAGUUCAAAAGGCUUUAAUUGUUGAAGGGAGCUCUGAGCAUUAUAUCAAUUACAAAGAAGACAGGAAAAGGAAGGGUGAAGAUGUAGGUAGUGAGCGUGAUGGGGGUAAAUUCAGAAAAGUAAAUCAAUUCAAGAAAAUGAAAGGUGGGAAUUCAGCAAAAGGAAAAGAAGAUAAGGCAGAAUUUGGAAGCAAUGGGUGCAAGUACUGUGGAAAGAAACACGGAGGAGUAUGCACAAAAAGGAACAAUACUUGCUUUAAUUGUGGGCUGGUCGGACAUUUAGCGGUAGCGUGUAAGAAACCUAAGACUAAUCGCUGUUUCAAAUGCGGAAAAGAAGGUCAUUUUGCAAAAGAAUGUCCGCAAAAUGAAGAAAAACCACAUGAAGAAAAAGAAUGGAAGGGAUCAGCUGGAACGCAGCCAAGGAACAAGGCCACUGCUCGCACUUUCAAUAUGUCGGUACAUGAUGCGCUUGAAGCGAAUGAUGUCAUAACAGGUACAUUUAUGAUUUCCUCGGUAAAUGCUUAUGUCUUGAUCGAUACAGGCGCAACUAAAUCAUUUGUUUCUACCCAAUUUGUUAAUAAUAAUAAGUUGCAAGUAGAAAAACUUCCUGAGACCUUAUAUGUUGAAACCGCAAAUGAGGAAGUUCUUAUGGCAGAUAGUAUAGUGAACAAGUGUCCUAUUCUAAUAAAUGAGUGUCAACUUUUUGUUGACCUGAUUCCUAUCAACUUAAAAGAGUUUGACGCUAUUAUUGGAAUGGACUGGCUACACAAACAUGAAGCCUGCAUUAAUUGUCAAAGAAAAUUGGUGACAAUCAAGUCACCAAACGGGAAGAAAAUUCUAUUUCGUGGCCAAAAGAAGCAAGGCCCUGGACGAUACUUAACAAUUGUCCAAGCAAUGAGGCACAUACAGAAGGGUGGCGUGGGAUUCUUAGCUCACAUUCGGGACACGUCUCAAUCACUACCUAAAAUUGAAGAAGUUCCGAUUGCACGCGAAUUUGUUGAUGUUUUUCCAGAAGAACUACCUGGAAUGCCACCUGAUCGAGAGAUCGACUUCGCAAUUGACCAGGUGCUGCUCCUAUUUCCAAGACACCGUAUAGAAUGGCGCCAAGUGAGAUGA